AUGGAGGGCAGUUCUAUACUCCAGGCUUUCACUAACAUUUAUUUUGCUAUUUUUGCUUUGUUUUGCUUCAAACUUUUAAUUAAGAUUUCUUUGGCUCUGCUGACUCAUUUCUAUAUUGUUAAAGGCAACAGAAAAGAGGCUGCCAGGAUAGCAGAAGAGAUCUAUGGAAUAGUCCCAGGCAGCUGGGCGGACAGAUCCCCUCUGCAUGAUGCUGCUUUCCAAGGACGCCUCCUGUCUUUGAAAACCUUGAUUGCACAGGGUUUCAAUGUGAACCUGGUAACAACAGAUCGAGUCUCAGCUCUUCAUGAAGCCUGUCUGGGUGGCCAUGUGGCCUGUGCAAAGCUGCUGCUGGAGAACGGCGCACACGUCAACGCAGUCACCAUUGAUGGGAUCACUCCUCUCUUUAAUGCCUGCUGCAGUGGCUCUGUGGCUUGUGUAAACAUGCUGCUUGAAUUUGGAGCCAAGCCACAGGUCGGGAACCACCUUGCUUCACCCAUUCAUGAGGCAGUCAAGAGAGGACACCGAGAGUGCAUGGAAGUUCUUCUGGCUCAUGGAGUUGACAUUGAUGAAGAAGAUGUGCACUAUGGGACCCUGCUGUAUGUUGCUUGCAUGUACCAGAGGACAGACUGUGUCAAGAAGCUGUUGGAACUUGGAGCCAAUGUCAAUGCAGGGAAGCUACUAGACACUCCUCUCCAUGCAGCAGCAAGGAAAUCCAGUGCAGAGAUAGUUGUCUUGCUGGCAGACUAUGGUGCUAACCUGAAAUGCAGAAAUGCUGAACUCAAAUGUGCCCUGGACCUUGCCAUACCCAACAGCAAAGUGGAGCAGGCACUUCUACUUUGUGAAGGCCCUGCCAGCCUUGCCCAGCUGUGCCGAUUGUGUAUCAGAAAGCAACUGGGUCGAUCGUGCCUAUAUGCGAUCCAUAAGCUGCACCUGCCUGAGCCGCUUGAGAACUUUCUCCUACACCGAUAAGCCUGUGACUAUCUUUGCACUGGAAAAGAAAGAGGAGCAAAUGGUUGUGUACUCCAAAAUUAUUAUAUCAAAGUGAAAAAAAUCAAAGACAUCAUUUACUGUCUACUCUGAGUACCAAACAUGGCUGCAGAUUGUGUACACUGAAGCCAAAGGAAAACAUAUUUUCACAGACACUGAAUGGUGUGGAUACAGCUCCCUCACAGUUUAUUGCCACAUCUAUUUUUACUUAAUUGAGAAGUCAUAAUACAUGAACAACUCAAUCAAUGUGUUUGUAGAUAGACAUGCAUUCAU